AUGUCUACUGUCACCAAAUUGCAGAACGUACAUGUAAAAUUCCCUUACACGGAUGCUGAAAUGAAAAACACAAAAGAAGAUUUCUUUAAAUUAGCAAAUUUCCCCAACGUUCUCGAGGCCUUAGAUGGAACUCUCAUCCCAGUGCAAGGUCCUUCACGUGACGAACACUUUUGUUUCUGCCACAAAGGAUACCAUGCUAUCAACGUUCAGUGCAUAGUGUCAGCUAAUGGUGUUUUCUUGGACAUCGUGGCAAAAUGGCCUGGUGUAACACAUGAUGCACUGAUACGGAGAAAUAGUGGAAUUGCGGAAUUGUUUGAGAAUGGUAAAGUUGAUGGCGAUCCCCCAAAUGACUUCAUUGAUGACACAAGUGACGCACAAGGUGAGGUGGUAGAUCACGAAGUCAACGAUGCUAGAGAUGAUCAAUUGCGAGGAGAUGGAAUAGCUACCCGGAGUCAACUGUUCUUGGCGCACUUCAAAAACUAA